GUUUGAGUGCCGUGAAUGCGUCUUCACAAUAGACGAUCUUUGUGUGUGGUCAGCUGAUUUAGGACUUUGCGAGUUACAAAACAGUAGAAUAACAACAACGUGCAGUAACUUCGCGUAAUUUCAAAGAAGGUACACAGGAAUGCGUCGCAAACCUUGAUUUAACUGAAUAUAGCCACCGGAAUAUGUCAACCAAUGGAUCCUGCUACAACCGCAGCCCCGAUACAGAGCGACUGUGAGACGGAAAUAGCAACUAAAACGCCACAUUCAGUCUGGAGCUGGUGGCCUUCCUGGCGUCCAACCUCCAUGUCCCUUUUGAAGACGACAGAGUCCAAGAUUCUCGCCUGUAUUCAGAAUGAUCUAUGGGCCAGGUUUGUGACCUUACCAAACCAGGAUCGAAUAUGGACUUUGACCCUCACCAACAAGGUGUUUCACAAACCUGCAGCCGCUAAGACUCCCCUGGUGAUGGUCCAUGGGUUUGGAGGAGGGGUAGGGCUGUGGAUCAGGAACCUGGACGCGCUUAGCCGAUCACGGCCUGUCUACGCCUUCGACCUCCUGGGAUUUGGCAGGAGCUCCAGGCCUCCCUUCCCUUCAGAUUCUGCCAAGGCAGAGGAGCAGUUUGUCAACUCCAUUGAAGAGUGGAGACAGUCUGUAGGCCUGGAGAACAUGAUCCUGCUGGGGCACAGUCUCGGGGGGUAUCUGGCGACCUCAUAUGCCAUCCAGCACCCUUCCAGGUAGUAAUGCUGAUAAGAUACUAACUAAAACCAUAUGCGAAACAUCAACACAUCAGGAAUGG